UUUGUAAAAAAAAAACGCAAAAGGGGCCAAAAAAAGGCAAAUUCCACACAAAGAUAAAAAUGCAAGAAAAAUAAGCCAGAAAAAACACCAAAACGCAGGGGAAAACUGUGGCAGUUUUUCUGGUGUUUUUAUGCCACAAAAAUCGCAGGGCAAAAAUCUCAGUGGAGUCCUAGCCUAUAAGUGUGUCCGGGCUGGCAUGGAUUUGUAGUGGAAAGAGUUGUUUUGCGACAAAAAUGCGCUUUUUCACAAAAGUCACACAUAUAAAAAAUUUAAGGCCACUGCUCAAACUUGCUUAUAAAACCUUCCACCAUAGACUGAUUUGUAAAAAACUGCAAAUAAAAAGACGCAAAUAUUUUGCGCAAAAACACACAGUGCCAAAACAUUGUGACUAAGGCUACGCUUUCCUGCCCCCCGUUAAUUGUAUCCAUCUGAAUCUCACCGAAAGGGGGUGCUGACAUAUAUAACGUUAACGGUAGCAGCCUUGGCCAUAGAAGUGAAAAUGGUCAUGUUUUCAACGGAAUGUAAACGGGUACAAUUAAGGAAUGUAGUGUGAUUGUACCCUGAAUUACACAAAAUUCCCCCCAUUGUAAACCCCGCCUUGUCCACUUUCCUUGGGCGAUGCUAAGAUUUCCCUUAUCAGGUGAGAUAAAUCCUGAUGAAUUGUCAGCAGCUGGCACAGGAUAAAUAACACCACUGCAGGGGCAGGCUUGCUUUUCAUUAUCUAGUUCCAUGUCCUUUCAGCAAGACUUCUAUGUACAAGUGCCAUCUGGGGAACAAUGAGGCGGACAUGGAUGCUGCUUAUUUUAGUUUUCUUUACUGGAUUCCUGGGCCACUUGGCAGCAGAUCCUUUGAAGUGCAGUGUUCUGCAGCAGUCUAUAUGUAACGAUAAGUGCAUUCCGUUUUCAUGGCUUUGCAAUGGAGAAAAGGAUUGCCCUGAUGGUACUGAUGAGCAGUGUGAUCUACCAUGUCGUGGUGAUAUAGAUGCUUGGCAAUGUGACAAUGGAAAAUGUAUUUCUAAAAGCUGGAAAUGUGAUGGUGUUGGUGACUGUCUGGAUGGUUCAGAUGAGGCAGACUGCGCCUGCACAGGUAACAAAAUCCAGUGUGCCAAUAGUGACGAAUGCAUCCACGAAUGGGAGGUUUGUGAUGGUCACAAUGACUGUGGAAAUGGUUCAGAUGAACAGAACUGUUCAACGCAGAGUUGUAUGGAACAUCAGGUGCAGUGCAGGAAUAAAGUGUGCAUUAUGGAGUCCUGGCAAUGCGAUGGAAUAAACAGCUGUGGAGAUGGGUCUGAUGAAGAGUCUUGUGAUCUUUGUGGUAAAGGAUUCUUUAAAUGUGGUGAUGGAAAAUGUUUGAAGGACAGUAAAGUCUGUAACAAAGAAGUAGACUGCCCUGAUGGCUCAGAUGAAGCCGAUGUUUGUGGUCGAUCUUGCGCUAAUGAUAAUGGUGGCUGCUCACAGAAAUGUGAAGAUGUUGCGUGGGGUGUCAACUGUUCCUGCUACAAAGGCUGGAAACUCGAGCCAGACAGACUUAGAUGUGCUGAUAUUGACGAAUGUUCUAUGGAUUAUAGUCCUUGUCAUCAGCUUUGCAGCAACUCGAAUGGAUCCUUCACUUGUGGUUGUACUAAAGGAUUUGAACUUGAAGAAGGAACAGUGUGUGAAGUUAUAGGUAAUGCUACAGUAAUACUGCUAGUAGCAAAAAGGGGUGAAAUUGGUAUAAUGGAUGCAUGGAGUGGCGACUACCUGCGUCUUCUUCCAGUUCAUGGUCAGCCUAUUGCUGCUGCUUAUUACUUGUCUAAUGAAUCCUAUUUCUGGAUAGAUGAGAACAAAACUCUGCAGUCUUUCACGAUUGGACGCAAAAACUCAACUGCCCUCUAUCCAGAUGUUGGUAAUGUUAACAGCAUAUCUGUGGACUGGAUUACAGGCCAGCUUUAUUGGUCCAGCAGUGUGCGUAAAUCAAUUUCUGUAGGGUUGAUCAAUGGGCAGGGCUAUGUUGACAUCCUUGUAAAGAGCAUUGUACCUGAUCAGCUUAUUGUCUUUCCACAAAAAAGAUACAUGUACUGGGUAAACUAUGGUAAAAACGGUAAUACCACUCUGGAGACAGCUGGCAUGGAUGGAUCAGAUCGGCAUGUGAUCUUGUAUGUACCUAUGGAACAGCCAACAAGCCUCACCCUUGACUACAUUACAUCCCGCUUAUACUGGAUUAGCGAGUACAAGGAGUCAAUUGAGACUAUUAAAACUGAUGGAAGUGGUAGAUUUACCUUCCCGGAUAUUCUGCAUAAAGACCAGAAUGCCCUGGGUUUGUCCAUUUUUGAAGGAUGGUUCUUUUUGGCUGAUGAAAACUAUCUAUAUUCUUUGCCGAGAAACAAUCCAAUGGAUAGAAGGCUUUUGCUAAACACAUCUGCUAUAUCUGCAUUUUCUGUACUACAUGAGCUACAGCAACCUAUUGAGGAACGAUCCCCAUGUUCUCAUAGGACCUGCAGUCACAUUUGUUUGCUGUCGCCUGUUUUGACCAAAUCGUAUAAGUGUGCCUGCCCUGCAGGAAUGUAUCUUUUACCAUCUGGAAAAUGUGAAGGCUUGAAGGUCAUGUAUGGCACUGGCAAUGGAAUUCACUUAUUGGAAUUUGGAUUUCAAGGUGUUGUGAAACAGACUGAUGUCUGGCAGGCACUAAAGAUAAAUUUGAUGGAUGUUGACUGGAAACGAGACCUCAUAUACUGGACAGAUGACCAUGGUCUUCUCCUACGAUCUAAUAGCCUCUUUGAGAAUCCUAAAGUUAUCCAAACGGGUGGUGCAGUGUGUAUGGUUAAAAUAGAUAUUGCUACAGGAAACAUUUAUUGGCUUUCUUGUGAAAAAUACAAAGUUUGUGUGACCAAGCACACUGGAUCGGGGACAAAGAUUAUUUACCAGUCCAUUAAUGCUAUACAACACUUGCUGCUUAACUGGGAGAAGGCAUUACUAUAUGUUGUAGAAGAGAACCUAAUUCGGCAGAUGAAUCUUAUUGGUGCUGAAGUGGAGAAUGUAUUGAAUGGCACUGGGUUUGUGCAAAUGACUUUAGAUAUAAAGUCCCAAAGCAUUUUGUGGACCUCACCAGAUUACAGUUUGUAUUCCUUUGGCCUUUUUAAAGAUCGACUUUUCCACUUAAAAGACAAUUUCACAAGUAUACUGAUGGAUUCCUUAGAGCCAUAUGUGAUUUCUUACAACAAACCAGUUAUUGAGAUAUGGGACAGAAAAACUAUGAAGAUUGUCUCCAAUGUUAACAGCGUAAACUUGACAAAGCUUGUAAUAUUGACCUCCAGUCAUGUAAAAGGCAUUCGAUCUGCAUGUAAUGGUGGCUGUAGGUCAGAAGAGAUCUGUGUGCCUGGCACCGAAGAAGUCAUACACUGUCUGUGUCCAGAUGACCAAGAUAGCUGCUCUGAUAGCGAUACCCCUUUGCAAGAAAAUGCUGCUUCAGAGACUUUAACUUGUCAAUGGGCCUUUCUUCCAUGUCGGGAUGGAAAGGAAUGUGUGUCUACGGAAUAUUUUUGUGAUGGUGAGAAGGAUUGCUUUGAUGAGUCUGAUGAGGAGAACUGCACAAAACUUUGUGGAAAUGAAGGCACUUUUCGAUGUGUAACUGGUACAAAAUGUAUAGAGGAUAGACAUCGCUGUGAUGGUGUGCCUGAUUGUUCUGAUGGUUCUGAUGAGCAAAAUUGCUGGAGCCCAUCAGAAAGCUGCGCCUUCUGGUGUGACAGGAACAAUCGUUGUCUUCCUCAGAGCUCUGUAUGUGAUGGAAAACCAGACUGCCUUGAUGAGUCGGAUGAGCAAGGCUGUGGGCCUAAGGAAUGUAGCCCUGGCAAGUUCAAAUGCACAGAUGGACAAUGUAUUCCAUAUAGCAUGCGCUGUGAUGGAGACAAUGACUGUGAUGAUCAUUCAGAUGAAGCAAACUGCACAAUUGCUAAACCUGUGCACUGCCAAAGUGGGGAUUUCAGGUGUCACAGUGGAGAAUGUAUCCUGGAAGUAUGGAAAUGUGAUGAUGCCAAAGACUGCAAGGAUGGAAGUGAUGAAAAGGACUGUAAAUUGGAGAAGGUACCUUGUGAGAAAAACCAAUGGGCUUGUGCAAGUGAAGAUCAAUGUAUCCCAUCUUUCUGGAGAUGUGAUGGAAAGGAGGACUGCAGAGAUGGCAGUGAUGAAGUUGGAUGUGAGCCCAAAAAAUGCAAUAGUCACCAGUACAAAUGUAAGGACUUGGAGUGUAUUCCUACUGAUGUAGUUUGUGAUGGAAAAGAUGACUGCUUAGAUGGUUCGGAUGAAGGAGGGCAAUGUGGUGUACCAUGUGAAGAAGGAUGUGCUCAUUCCUGCUAUAGCUCGCCACUUGGUCCAAAGUGUAUGUGUGAUAAAGGCUUCAAGUUAAGUAGUAACAGGAGUCUAUGCAUUGACAUAAAUGAGUGCAAAGAACUUGACCCAUCUCCAUGCAGCCAGUCUUGCAUCAACUUGAAUGGGACAUUCAACUGUACUUGUCGUCCAGGUUAUGUUCUGCAGCCAGAUGGACAGCAAUGUAAAGUAACAGGUUCAGAGCCAGUGUUGCUGGUAGCAGUACAAUUUGAUCUUCUCGUGUACAAGUUGCAGACACAUGGCGAGGAAGUUCUUAUGUCCACAGAUAAGAGCUCAAUGAUAUUUUCAGUAGAUUAUGACAUAAUGGAAAAGAAAAUUUUCUGGAUGGACCUAAAUGCUGAGAGCAUAAAGUGGAUAACUAUGGGCACGAAAACCAAAGGAACCCUAGUUAAAGGAAUUAAAUCUGACUGCAUAGCUGUUGACUGGGUUGGCCGUAACCUAUACUGGACAGAUGGAAUAGCUGGGCAGAUCCUUGCAACAGCUCUGGAUGCAUCUUGGAAAGGCUUUCCUGAAUAUACAGUCAUACUGGAUGAAGAUCUAGAUCAACCACGUUCUUUGGUUUUACAGCCACUUAGUGGACUAAUGUACUGGUGUGAAAUUGGCAUGCAGCCACAAAUUGAGCGUGCUGGCAUGGAUGGCAGUCACAGAAGAGUUCUGAUUGCAGAGCAACUUGGUUGGCCAACUGGAUUAGCACUUGAUCUGUUGAGUUGGAGAAUUUAUUGGUCCGAUGAUAAACUUCACUCCAUUGGUUCAGCCAGCUUGGAUGGGACAGAUAUUAAGGUGAUACAGCUGAAACACAUUCAAAGUCCAUUCGCCUUGGCAGUAUUUGAGGAUGAAAUCUACUGGUCUGAAAUGAAAACAAGGACUGUGCAAAAAAUAAACAAAAAAACUGGCAAGAACUUUUCUGUUCUUAUAAAGCGGCAUGGACAACCUUAUGGACUUAAGAUAAUGCAUGAAGUUUUGCAACCAACAACACACAAUCCUUGUCGAAAGCGGAAUUGUUCUCAUUUGUGUCUGCUUGGUCCUGGAUUAAAUGCAAGCUGCUCGUGUCCGACAGGACUUGCACUUUCAAGUAAUCUGUUAAAUUGUGUUCCACUUAAGGAUUUACCAUUUCUUCUCAUUUCUUUCCCAUCAUCAGUCAAUCAGGUUGAUUUGCAAAAACUCGACUCCAUGGACCAGAACUCUCUCACAAAAUAUCAGUUUGCAAGCCUGACUAAUAUGAACCAGAUCUCUUCCAUUGACUACAUUAUUCAUGAUCGAUCCCUUGUUUUUGCUGUCAAGCACGGUGGAUAUAUAGCCUCAACGAAAAUUAAAGAUUCUGAAUCUAAAGACUGGAAAAAGGUGGUUUUUGUUGAUGACAGUGUGAGUUCCAUUGCUCUGGACUGGUUGACUGGAAAUAUCUUCUGGAUUAGCACAUCCAAACCAUCCAUUCAAGUGGCAACUUCAAAUGGAAUGUAUAAAGCUGUAGUGUUAAAUGAGGACUUGUAUAAGCCAUCCUCCCUGGCACUCUAUCCAUCCAUUGGUCUAAUGUGCUAUUUUGAUGCCGGGCUAGAAAUGAAGAAAAACAGCCUUAAAAUAGAAUGUGCUAAUAUGGAUGGCACUAACCGAAGAGUGCUGUGGAGAAAGGACAAAGCUGUGAUAGGGUUGACGUUUGCAGACUCUGGGACCAGACUUUAUUGGGCUGAUAGAGAAUAUGGUACUAUUGAAUCAAUUAAAGUGGAUGGAUCAAGUUACAAGCUGGUCCGGAGUGGGCUGCGUGGUGUGAACACAUUCACUGCUGGGGAUGGCACAUUAUUCUGGACAACUAUUGAUAAUGGUACAGGAAGAUUUUGGUUUAGUAAAAUUGACACAAGUGAAAAUAAAUAUUUUGAGUUGAACCAAAAGGUGGUAGAUAUAAAAGUGUACAGCAGACCAGCUCAGCAAGGCAACAAUGCAUGUUCUAAAAAAAAUGGAGGAUGUAGCCAAAUUUGUCUGCCAAACCAUGGCAGUCGCACAUGCCGUUGUUCCCCCACAUAUCAGCUACUGAAUGCUACAAUGUGCCUUGAGGAGCCUAAAUGUCCCAAAAGUUAUUCGCUUUGCAAAGAUGGAUUACAGUGUGUUUCUAACAGCAAGAUAUGUGAUAAACGGAUGGAUUGUUUGGAUGGUUCUGAUGAGAGCGGCUGUUUGUAUAGUGGUCAUGGCUUAAAGUCUGUCACCUCUCCAUCAAAACCUAAAAUUCCUACCAAGAACAUUGGUCAUCCAAGACUUCCCGAGGCAACUGUAGAAAUGUUAAAGACAAAACCACCAACUCCAGAAAGCAACACUCUCCCUGAAGACUUGGAAGAACUUGAAGACAAGAGCCUUAUAAAUGAAGAUUUUGGAAGGAACAUGGAGUCUAGGCCAUGUAAUAGCGAGACUUGCAACAUGAGGGGAGAAUGUAUAGUAGACGAUGGUGUUAUCAGAUGUAAAUGCUUUUCAGACUACAGUGGAGACUUUUGUGAACAGGGGGUAAAACCCCUUGCCGUGCCCCUAACUGUUGGCACUAUUGCAGUUUUACUUGUAUUUGCAAUAGUGGCUGGAAUCUUCGUUCUUGUGAGUAGAAAAAGAGCCUUACAGAGGACCUCUAGCUCAGCUUCUUCAAGGACUCUGACUAGGCAAACUGCUAAGGACAUGGAACCACUAGAAGUUAAAGAGUCUUCAGAAACCUUCCUCAAUGAUGCAUUUGAUGCUGAGGGCACAACUACUGAAAAGGACAACGUCUGAGACAAUAUUAAGAAAAUAAGGAGCUGAACUCCAAAAGCCUCAAACUAUAUAAUAAAGAAAAUAUGACUAAGAAUAUACGAAUAAAAAAUUAAACUGACAG